AAUUUAUGCCCAGCAAAGUUAGUUCGCAUGAAAGUGUCACUAUGGAUGGCUCAUUCAUUGGCUUUGCAAUUUAUCUUCUGAUUAUAGUCGUUCAAUCGGUGGAAAUUGAUGAUUUUGAAGUACCCAUUGAGAUUACCACUUCUCGGCAAAAAGCCAAACCACAAAAAUCUACUGUUGGGCGGACUCGAAGGACCAUCCGUAUAAACGAAUUUAAGGGUAAUGAAUCGGGUGAAAUGGUGGAUAAUUAUUGCUGCUUUUGGAUAUAUCAAAAACAUCCGGCUUUACCUGAAGCUUGGGAGCAUCGUGAGGAAUAUCCAUUCGAUUUUCUUUUUCAAGGGAAAUUUGUGAAAAACAAGCGAAAUGCGUCCGAUAACCAAACAUAUUGGAGUGAUGAAAAAUCGGAAAAAUAGAGAGAAAAACAAUGGACAUAAAUGCA